UGGCUGAGGAACCCAGGACCCCAGCACGAGAAGCGGACUCUCUUUGGAGACAUGGUGUGCUUCUUGUUUAUCACUCCGCUGGCGACCAUCUCUGGCUGGCUGUGUCUACGAGGAGCAGUGGACCAUCUGCACUUCAGUAGUAGGCUUGAAGCUGUUGGCCUCAUUGCACUCACUGUCGCACUCUUCACUAUUUACCUCUUUUGGACUCUAGUAUCCUUUAGGUACCACUGUAGAUUAUACAACGAAUGGCGUCGGACCAAUCAGCGGGUGAUACUCCUAAUCCCAAAGCCUGCCAAUGUCCCCACCAACCACCAGUCCCUGCUGGGCCUGCAGUUUCUCAAAAGGAACUCAAAGGAGACAAUCGUGUGA